AUGGAGGACGCGACCGCCCAGAACCCGGAGCAGAAGAAGGAGAAGCCGCUCCACGAACUCCUAACAUCCUCGCUGGUCGACGUCUACGUCGGCGCAUCAUCAACACAUUGGACUCUACAUGAGCAACUCCUCUGCCACUAUUCACCAUUCUUCGCAACCAAGCUCCAUGCCGAUGAUAAAGAGGAGGAAAGGAAACAACGCGGGAACAAAAGUUAUAGCCUUCCAGACGAAGAUGAUGAACCUUUCGAGCUGCUUGUGGCCUGGCUAUACUCACAAUCCAUCCGCCCGCCAAAGGUCGAGAAUGACAUCGGUCCACUUCUCGAGCUUUACCUACUCGCAGUGAAACUCGAGGUGGAAAAGCUACAAUCUGAUGUGGUCGAAACUGUCAGAGACUACUACCACAGCACAUCCACCUACCCUGGUCUGCGCCGAGUGCAGUACAUCUAUUCGGAAACCGACGAGGACAAUGAGAUGCGCGAGAUGAUGGUGUCAGCCGUGGCUCGUCAAUUGACCACGAGCGACAAGAUCGCGGCACAUUGGGCUACUGCUCUCCAACGCAAUGGGCAGUUGGCCGUCGACAUCAUCCGGGCAAUCCAGCAAUGGCAUAUCGAAGAACGCAGUAUUCCAGACGCCAGAGAUGUUAGCUCCCACCGAGGCAGACGAGCGAGUGAAUUUGGCUUCAGCUCGAUCGAGCGUGUGGGCAAUUCGACCGAUACUGUAGACACAAACAUGGGUGUGGAGAGUGUGAACAGUGGAGCCAGCGAUGCCCCGAACAUCAAGAGCGAUGCUGAAGAGUAA